AUGGGCCGGCUACAGCAGCGAUGGGCGCUGCUGGCCCUCACCUGCGUAGCCAGUAUAUGCAGCGGCGCCAGAGCGGAGCCGCAACUGCCCAGCAGGCGGCUAGGCGCAGCUCUGUCCGCAGGCGGCGGUAGUGGCGGCGGCGGCGGCGGAGGCAGGGAGCCACAACUAGGCAGCGGGCGUGCCACGCAGCAGGCCGCGGACGCGACAGCAGCAGGAGCAGCAGAAGGAGGAGGAGGCGAAGCAGCCAGGUGCCCCGAGCUUUCCAGGGAGCUGCUGCAGCAGCAGGCCAAGGAAAACACAGCGAUGCUGGCCGUGGCCAACACUGCGCAGUGGGACUUUGCGCUCAACUGGAUGCAGCACGUGCAGCGGGCGGGCAUCACGUAUGCUGUGGUGGCAGCCUCGGAUGUGCAGACCUCGCAGCGGCUGGCAGCCCUGGGGCAGGCCUGUUUCGAAUGGAUCGACGAGGAGAUCCCAAAGCUGGGCCUGAAAUGGGGGGAGGAGGGCUGGCGGCGCAUGACCUGGGCUAAGGUGUUUGUGCUGGAUGCGGUGGCCGACUGGGGGUUCAACCUGGUGAUCUCAGAUGUGGAUGUGGUGUGGUUCAGAGACCCGCUGCCGCUGUUCGCCAAGCACGCGCACGCAGACCUGAUCUUCAGCGAGGACGGCACCCAGUCGAUCAACAGCCCUGGGGACGACGGCCUGGAGACGAACGGGGACGCCUACCACGACUUCAACACCGGCGUCUACCUGCUGCGCCACAACGCCAACACCACGGCGUGGGCCCACGCCUGGCGCGCCCACUUUGAUGCCUGCCGCAUGCACGACCAGCACUGCGCGUACGAACUGAUGCGCACGCAGGCAGGGCCCGCGCACCCGCAGGACCCUCGUGUGAAGGCAGGCUGGCGCAACAGAGUGUACGUCGGAAUACUGCCUCCCAGCAUAUCGAUGAACGCCCACACUUUCUUCCUGCAGAAGCUGCACAAGGUGAAGGGGGUGGACCCUUACGUGGUGCACCUCACCUGGACCUACAACGGUACCCCCGGCAAGCGGUCCCGCAUGCGCGACAUGGGCCUGUGGCACGACCCCCCCGAGUACUACGCCCAGGGCAGCUUCGUGACGGUGGACGUGACGCUGCCAGAGAAGCCGCCCUCGUACAACGAGUGGAACGAGAACGAGGACAUGAUUUCUUUCUACCUGGAAACCAUCCACUCCCAGCUGCAGCAGGCGUACGUGGGCAUGGCGCUGGCGCUGGCCGCCGGCCGCGCCUUUGUGCUGCCAAAGUUCCAGUGCUACUGUGAGAAGAUCUGGUAUGGGGUGGUGCGGUGCCGCGUGGUGGACGCCCAGUCCAUGCCCUUCCCCGUGCCCUGCCCCCAGGACUACCUGUUCGACCCCGCAAACUACGACGACGCCCCCGAGGCCUGGGGCCCGCCCCUGGCCAUCCGCGAGGCCUCUUUCCUCGAGAACGAACGCACGCCGGCACAGGUCAAGGACUCUGUGCUGAUCAUCCAGCCCUCGGCGGCGCUAGACUGCAGCGACUGCGUGAAGGAGGGGGCGGGGCAGGUGCUGCUGGUGCCGCCCGCGCUGCCCGACGCCCAGCUGCUGCCGCUGCUGGAGAAGUACCGCAGCUACCGCGUGUGGCGCCUCAACUUUGCGGGGGUGGGCGCCACGAAGCGCGCCUACGGCGGCUUUGGCGACGCGGCGGCGGCGGCGGCCUUUGACCGGCGUGUGGACCACAUGACCACAGAAUUCUGCUGCAGGCGGGAGGAGGAGGCGCCGCGCUACCACAAGUUUGAUGCCCUCAUCGUCAAGCUCAACAUGACGACACAGUUUCGGUACAGCGGCGCCAACCAGGCGUAG